AUGACAGAUAAAUGCUCACAUUGUGGGAAUUUGUUUAGUUGCUGUUCCAGCCUUUCAAAGCAUGAAGAAACCCACAAACGAGAAAAGUCACAUAAAUGCUCACAUUGUGAGAAAUGUUUUAGUACCAGCUCAGGCCUUUCAGUACAUAAACGAAUUCACACUGGAGAGAAGCCAUACGAAUGUUCACAUUGUGAGAAAUGUUUUAUAACUCGUGCAGACCUCUCCAAACAUGAACGAACCCACACUGGAGAGAAGCCAUACAAAUGCUCACAUUGUGGGAAAUGUUUUAGUACCCAUUCAAACCUCUCAGCACAUGAACGAAUCCACACUGGAGUGAAGCCACACAAAUGCCCACAUUGUGAGAAAUGUUUUAGUACCAGUUCAAGCCUCUCAACACAUGUACGAACCCACACUGGAGAGAAGCCAUACAAAUGCUCACAUUGUGGUAAAUGUUUUAGCACCAGCUCAGGCCUUUCAGUACAUAAACAAAUUCACACUGGAGAGAAGCCAUACAAAUGCUCACAUUGUGGUAAAUGUUUUAGCACCAGCUCAGGCCUUUCAGUACAUAAACAAAUUCACACUGGAGAGAAGCCAUACAAAUGCUCACAUUGUGGUAAAUGUUUUAGCACCAGCUCAGGCCUUUCAGUACAUAAACAAAUUCACACUGGAGAGAAGCCAUACAAAUGCUCACAUUGUGGUAAAUGUUUUAGCACCAGCUCAGGCCUUUCAGUACAUAAACAAAUUCACACUGGAGAGAAGCCAUACAAAUGCUCACAUUGUGGGAAAUGUUUUAGUACCGGUUCAGACCUUUUAAGACAUGGACAAAUCCACACAGGAGAGAAGCCACACAAAUGCUCACAUUGUGGGAAAUGUUUUCGUACCAGUUCCGACCUUUUAAGACAUGAACAAAACCACAAGGGAGAGAAGCCACAUAAAUGUUCAGAGUGUGGGAGAAGCUUCAGACAGAGUUCACACCUUAAAUAUCAUGUGGAAAUCCAUACCAAACAGAAACUAUGA